GGUACGAAUGAAAACAUAAGCAUAAACGUUGUUACUGUAAUUGUUAUUGUUUUUGUUAUCCACAAAGAAAAACAACGACACAAGGCGUAGAGCGAGUGUCUCUCUCAUCUCAUGGCAACCUCUUUCUCUCCCACAACACCACUCCGUUCCAUCUUCCAAAACCAUCCCAAACCUCUUCUUCUCUCCCACCACUCAGAUUCCUCCUCUUACAGCUUCAAACGCUCUUCAACCUAUGCCACUCUUAACCUCCCUCGCAACUUCACACUCUCUAGGAAUGGAAAACCUCUACUCUCUAGAAGAAAGGGAAUUGUGAGGGCUGCUACUAUUGAAGAAAUUGAAGCUGAAAAAGCAUCUAUUGAGAAAGAUGUUAAAAGCAGAAUGGAAAAGACUCUUGAUAAUGUUCGGUCGAAUUUCAGUUCCAUUAGAACCGGAAGAGCAACCCCGGCUAUGCUUGACAAAAUUGAGGUAGAAUACUAUGGAUCUCCAGUUAGCUUGAAGAGCAUUGCUCAAAUAAGCACUCCUGAUGCCAGUUCUCUGUUGGUACAACCAUAUGACAAAUCAAGCUUGAAGUCUAUUGAGAAAGCCAUAGUUAACUCUGAUGUUGGUAUGACUCCAAAUAACGAUGGAGAUGUGAUAAGGUUGAGUAUCCCUCAAUUGACAUCUGAUAGACGAAAGGAACUAACGAAGAUAGUGUCUAAACAACUUGAAGAAGGGAAGGUGGCUUUGAGGAACAUAAGAAGAGAUGCUUUGAAAGCUUAUGAAAAACUUGAAAAGGAAAAAAAGCUUUCGGAAGAUAAUGUGAAGGACUUGUCUAGUGACUUGCAGAAGCUGACAGAUGAUUAUAUAAAGAAGGUUGAUGUGAUCUACAAACAGAAAGAAAAGGAGUUGCUGACUGUUUAAUCCAUUGACACGAAAAAGUAACCGUGUUUGAGUUGUAUCUUGAGAUCAAAUUUUGUGUCUACUUUGCUAAGUUUGAUCAUUGAAGCAUAUGUUUAUUUGUUAUAGAGAGACAACUUUUUUCUGUGAAAUAGAUGCUUUUUCAAAUUAAAGUGUGGAGAUUACCUUACUGCCUUAUCUCCUAAAGUCAUUCCCUCCCUUUUUAAUUAUAUAUAUCAUAAGUUCACUCCACUAAAAAUAAUGUAUAUUCAAAACCUUUUAGUUA